AUGGAACACCUUUAUGAAUAUUUUAAGCCUUUUGGGAGUGGAGGUGAAACUUCAUUGGAGUUCUUCUCUCUCAAAACGGAUUGUAACAUCUUUGUGAGUGUUUGCUGUGGCGCAUUAGCUGGUGCUAUAUCGGCUUCGAGAACUACACCAUUAGAUGUGGUGAAGACUAGGUUGAUGACACAGAUUCACGUCGCGGCAGCCAACGAACUUGGCGCUGCUAUGUAUACCGGUGUGGCUGGAACAGUGAUACCGAUAUUGAAAGAGGAAGGUUUGGUUGGUUUUACACGAGGAAUGGGUCUUCAUGUUGUUCAUAUCGGCUCGGCAAUCGGAUAUUUUGCAUUUUGA